UCGCUUCGCCUUCAACUCUACCCUCCUUCUCUCUCCCGAUAUCCUCAUCUCUCUCUCUCCACCGCUGCCUUUCUUCCCGUAGGAAUCCCCUCUUCCUUUCGAGGUCAAAGGUCGCAUAUUUAUGAGCUGGAUCUGUGGGUAACGACGAUGGUGGCGUCGGCGAGUCCGGUCGGGGUACCAUUGAGCCUCUUCAUCGACCUGUCCGGGCUGGAGGCCGCCACCACCGGAUUUUCUGACAGCAAUCUGCUCCACCGCGACGGCUUCCCCAUCUUUGAGGCAAGCAAGCACCUCACAACCUCCUUUUCUCUGUGCGCUUCACUUCACCUAAAUUCACAGGGUGUGCUGGAGAGCGGGCACGAGAUUCCGGUGAAGAGUUUGUCCCUGGAAUCGCGGCAGGGGGUGCGCGAGUUCCUCGACGAGGUGCGGCUGCUGCUGAAGGUGCAUCAACGGAACCUGGUCUCCCUCGUCGGCUGCUGCACCUCCUCUGCCGCCCGGGCCAACGGCUCGACCACUUCCUCUUUGUGGCGGCACCGACAAGCUCAAGGACUUUGAGGCCCAGGGGCGCGCCGUCACCCGAUUCUGGCACCACAACGUCCUCCGCCUCCGGUACAGUUAAAAUUUUGGUUAAAUGCUUAUACUAGUGAUCGACUACAUCGUCAAGCAUGAUCCAUUUGCUAAAUAAUUCAGGAUGCACAACUUAGUGUUGCUACUUUAGUUGUAGUACUGUACCAUACCUUGAAUGCAGAAAUCAGUACUGUUGUUUUUAGUGCUUCAUCUGCUGCAAAAAAAUUUGAGGCCAAUUCGCUCUGGUCACCUAUCAUAGUUCCUCAUAAUUUGGCACUGAUCACACAAAUCAUCUGUAAGAACUUUUCUGAAACUUGAUUUUGUGCUAGUACUAUUUACUCUUACACUCUCAAAUUAGGUCACUCUUUCAGAUAUAGGAUCCUAGCCAACCUUUAAGUUUCGGAAAAUAAAUCCAGUCAAUACUCAGUAAGCAUCAAUAUUUCUUUUUUUAGGAGAAAAAAGAGG